AUGCUUUGCCACAGUCGUCGCCUGCUUUUGAUUGCAGCAGGGGCACCCCCUGCCGACCCCGUCCCUCGAGCCAGGGAGGAGCGCCACAGCAACGCCAGCAGCGGCUAUGGCGGCUUUCUAGCCACGCUGCGCCACCUCAUGGCUUGGAACUGCACAAACGUGGCGGCCGCCUCAUCGUCGUCAUCCGCGUCGUGUGCGGCAAUCCCAGCAUGCGUCAACGACAACGCAGCACUCGACGCCGUCGAGGCCGCUGUGCGCAACCGGUGGACGUGCCGGCAGUUCGACACAGCGAAGCCGAUAGACCUCGACACCCUCCAGCGCGUCUUGGCGGCGACGACCCGCGCCCCGACCGGUUUUAACCUUCAGGGCUGGCACGCGGUCGUCGUCACGAACACGGCGGUGCGGGAGCAGCUCUACAAGGCAGCGCUCGGCCAGCCGCAGGUGCUGCAGGCGCCGGCGACCGUCGUGUUCGUUGGAGACACGGAGCCGGAGCGGAACGCGCCGCAGGCGCUGGAGAUGGGGCUCGAGACGGGCUACUACAGGCCUCUCUACGGCGCUGCCUACCUCCGCAACAUCUAUUACUUCAUGCAUGGAGGUCCGAUGCAGUCGAUGGCCGCCGUGAAGUCGGUCGUGAGUGCGUGGUACAGCCGGGCCGCUGGCACGCCGCUCAUCUCCGUCCCGGUGAGCCGCACCGGCUACGCGUGGAAGCAAACGAUGAUUCCGGCGACAACAUUUGUCUCCCUCUGCACCGCCGCUGGCUGGGACACGUGCAUGAUGGAAGGUAUCGACGAGGAUGCCGUUAAGCGGGCUUUGGGAGUGCCGGCGGAACGGUACACUGUGCCGGUCAUCAUCAGCGUCGGCUAUGCGACCGCCGCGGAGGCUGAGAAACGCCAGGUGUGCAGCUCCCGCUUCGCGACGCCGCACACCGUGCGGUGGAACAAGUUCUAG